CCCUCUGCGCCUGCGCGCCACCGCCACCGCCCCUCCGCGGGCACGUGACGGCCGCGGGCGGCGGCGGCCGUGAUGGCGACCUACGUGAGCGAGCUGGAGGCGGCCAAGAAGAGCCUCAGCGAGGCGCUGGGCGAGAACGUGAAGCAGUACUGGGCCAACCUGAAGCUCUGGUUCAAGCAGAAGAUCAGCAAGGAGGAGUUUGACCUGGAAGCGCGCAGGCUUCUCACGCAAGACAAUGUCCACUCUCACAACGAUUUCCUCCUGGCUAUUCUCACCCGAUGCCAGAUCUUGGUUUCUGCCCCAGAAGGUGCUGGAUCUCUGCCAUGGCCAGGUGGCUCUGCAACUAAGCCUGGAAAACCCAAAGGGAAGAAAAAGAUUUCUUCAGUUCGCCAAAAGUUCGAUCACCGGUUCCAGCCUCAGAACCCGCUGUCGGGAGCCCAGCAGUUUGUGGCAAAGGAUCCUCAGGAGGAUGAUGAUUUGAAGCUGUGCUCUCACACCAUGAUGCUCCCAACACGUGGCCAGCUGGAAGGAAGGAUGAUUGUCACUGCCUAUGAGCACGGGCUGGACAAUGUCACCGAGGAGGCAGUGACAGCCGUUGUUUAUGCUGUGGAGAACCACCUUAAGGACAUUCUGACCUCUGUGAUAUCCAGGAGGAAAGCCUAUCGUCUGAGGGAUGGCCAUUUCAAGUAUGCCUUUGGAAGCAAUGUCAACCCUCAGCCAUAUCUGAAGAACAGUGUUGUUGCUUAUAACAACUUAAUUGAGUGCCCCCCGAGCAGCGCGACGCCCUCGGCGGGUCAGAGCCUGGCCGCCCCGCCCGCUCCUGAUGAUGCUGAGCAGCAGGCAGCCCUGCUCCUGGCCUGCUCUGGGGACACCCUGCCAGCAUCCCUGCCUCCAGUCAACAUGUAUGACCUCUUUGAGGCACUGCAGGUGCACAAAGAAGUGAUCCCUGCACACACAGUCUAUGCUCUCAACAUUGAGAGGAUUGUCAUGAAACUCUGGCACCCGAACCACGAGGAGCUGCAGCAGGACAAGAUCCAUCGGCAGCGCCUGGCCAUGAAGGAGGGCCUCCUGCUCUGCUAGAGCUGGGCAGCCCUGCCAGCCCUCAGGUGGCUCCAGCCUGCUCCUGGGACUUGUCAUUCGGAUGCUCCUUACAAACCUGUGUCAGCAUCUCCAGGAUGAUGUGAUUUAUGAGUCAGCUUUUCCUAUGGAAAUGGGACUGAGUUGUGGGACGCUUCCUCUGCUUCCCCAGAGUCACGUGCUGUGGAGUACUUGCAGCAAUGUCACUGAGUUGGGAAAGAGAAACAAGACACAUUUGCAAGGACUGUUUUUAGGAAAAAUAAAUGUGGGAGUGGAAAGAGUUGGUUUUAAAUAAGGUGUGCUCUUGUCUUCUUUUGUGAGCAUGGAGAAUCUGCCUCCUUGCCCUCACCUCUCAGGUAGUUUCCCUCCUGAGCUCAGACUCCAGAGCCCUUGUCCAAUUUCUGUUGCAGUUGGUGAGAGCCUUUUCAUUAACUGAUUAUGGGGUGGGCUCCUGUGAAUAUGAGCAGUUCUGUUAGCUGACGUUGUUCCUCUUCUACCAGGGGAACUUCUGAUUAGAAACUGUGACAAAACAAGGCAAAAAGGGAAUUGUCUUGGUGUUGAAGACUCCUUGGAUUUGCAGCAUGAACAAAUCUCUAUCACUUCCUUGUAAAAAUAUGCAGUCUUGUAUUACUUCAUUAUGAAAUGAUGCAGCCGCACCUCUCCACAUGGGAGAUGUGCAGAUCGCUGUGUAAAAGGAGAAAUUCCACCUUCUGGGUUUCAGGUAUUAAUGAGUCAGUUCUGGGAAUCAGCUUAUUAUAACAAGAGAAUUCCAUUAAAGUGUCGUACUUACUACAUGACCUGGGUUUGACCUCAAACAUGAAGGUACCUGCUGAAGUGCGACUCGCUUAGUGUGCCUCCAGAUCAAUGGAAUUGAAACAGCUUCUUCUGGGGGAACACGAAAGGGGAAGCUCAUGGUUCCACUUCAUUCUGGUCCUCCUCUUUGGAAGGUAUUUGGAUGGGAGACUUGUCAUAUUUCUCCUGAAGUUUUCUUCUCUGCUGUACCCCCGGGACUGAGGAGGGUGCAGAUCCCUGAUGUUUCUUCACAGUUACUGUUUUUAUAACUUCCUUUCCUGACCCCUGUGACUGUUCAUGUUGCACCAGCAUUGUAAUAAGGGGCAGUGCAGCUGUCCCUGUGUUCCUGCCUUUCCUGCAUCCUCCUUCAGGAUGUGCUGUGGAGUCAGGCAUAGCAAGAGGCAGUGUCUGGGCAGGUAUUGGUGGCUCUCUUCAUGAGAAGAUCACUUUAGGAUUAUGAAGAAACUGGGAAAGGCAACAACACAAAACUGCAGCAGGGCCUGGCAGGAUGGGAGCAGUUGUAGGUAAGUCUGGCAGUGUGUGGUUAAGAGGGGAGUUAAGAGGGAGAAAAGAUGGACAAUUCAUUUUGGUCCCCUUCUUUUGACUGUUUUGUUUUUCUGUUGUUAAGCUGGUCAGAGCGAGCCUGAGCUUAAAAGUUGACUCAGUGACUUUUACAUGAGAGUUUUUAAAAGCAGUGUUUAACCUUACUAACUGUGUGGUAGUGAGAUCAUCAAGCCACCCAAAAUACAGCCCUUGGGGUGUGGGAGGGAGAUUUCCCAGAUAGUUGUGAUGCUUCUGGUGUAAAAUGAAAGCAUUCAGUUUGUUUGCUAGAAACUCUGGGGCAGCUCUGAGGAUCUCAGAUCUGAAGAAAGCAUCACAGGCGGGUUCUGAAACAAAUUGCUAAGUGUGGCACUAGAAUGUCCCUGCUGUUUGCCUGAGCUGUCUUCUGAAGAGCCAAGUCAUCUAUUCCACCCUGACAAAGUUGGGUGUUUGGUAUGGCUGCUGCACAGCAAAGGCUCUGACAAGGAACUCGUGUCAGCUGCAUUUGCAGAGAUCUGAAAACUGAAAGGCACAUGUUCUCGAAGCAUUUGCCAUGGAGUGUGAAUGUUUGUGAUAAACAAUGCUUUACAGGCUUCUUGGGUCAUGGAGCUGCAAGGGAUCACGGAAUAUUCUGAGUUGGAAGGGAGCCACAAGGAUCAGGAGCCCAACACUUAAGGGGAAUGGCCCAUAUGGGCAUCAGACCCAUUAUGAGCACCGUGCUCCAACCAACUGAGCUAAUCCCUGUGGCUGAUUGGAGGCUGCUUUUCCACCCCCUGCUGAAGGAAGGGCCAAGCUCAAAAUUAGAGCAGGUUGUUUAUUUGCAGAGAUGAGCCCAGACAGGCAGUGCCAUCUCCAGUUCUGGUGUGUGAGCAUGUGGACAGUGGAGGUUUUCCCUGGACCCCUGCCCUGAGAGCAGGAUGCUGGUACUGACAGGUGUCACUGUUAGGCUGUGACGUGACAUGUCUGUCUUCACUACAGUAGUUAGCCCUCUAAAAUGAAUAAGUAACACUGCUGAACUUCAAAGCAGCACAGAAAAUAGUUUGGCAGGGUCUGGCUUUUGCCCCAAGAUCCACCCAGAACCUGCCAGCUCUGUGGCAAGCUAAGCUUGAGCAAAAGUGUUCCUGACAGGUGUUAGCUCAGAAACCUUCAGUGGAACUUCAAAGUUGCCUUGGGCAACAUGGUGUGCUUUUUAGUGGCCUUCACCAUUGAAGGCUUUUUCCUCUGACCCCUGCCUCUUGCUGCAGGCCUGGAAUUUGUUACAGUCAUGCCAGAAUAUGGAAAGACAGAAGGGAAGGGAUAAGACGUCACCUGCCAUGUCCUCAAGAGUGAGAAUUGCAUCUUAUGCUCUUAACCCUAUAGGAGCUAUGCAGUGUACUGAAAGUUGCCACUUUUGAAGUUUCUAUUGCUUCUGCUUCCACUUCUAGAUCUGUAAUGAAAAACCACUUGCCAGCUCAUGAACAGAGGGGAAAGAGUGCUUGAGAUGUUCACCAGGCUUGCUUCGUGGCCUGGGUUGGGGUGAAGUUGUUCAUCUCGUCCUAGAAAUGAUCAAUGUGAUCUGCAUCCCUGCGAGUGUAGCAGUCAGAAAGAAAAUCUGUUACUGUUCAGACAGUUUCAGCUGCCAGACCUGGCUUAAGUCUGACCAAACCUUUGCAGUUGCGUGCCAAGCAGGAUGCCAGGGAUGUGAAUGCGGCACUCAUCAGCACCCCCAAACAGCCAAAUCCUUGCUCCCCAGACUUCGGUCUUGCCUCACUGGGGCUGUGUUGGUUAUAAUUAAAAAAAACACUGUUUCCAUUUGAAUUUCUGAAACCAGUUUCCCAGCGGUAGGCUGGGUUAUAGUUAAUUAAAGGCUCCCACAAUCAGAUAUCUCCUUCUGCGCAACGACAGCCACUUCUGAAAUGUCACUGUGGUGAGAGCAACGAGCAGGAGCUGGGGCCACUUCCAUCUCACAGGAAGGGCUUCUGGCCUUUCCAUGGAGCACCCUGUAACCUCUUUGAGUCCUUUAAAGGCUUUUAAACCCUGGUUGGGAGUGUGUCAGCAGGGCUCCUGCCCAGGUCCUGGCAGCCGUGCGUGUUCUUCCCUGCUCGUGUCUCCAUGUGCACAGCUGGCCAGCUCUGCAUCUCAGGAGGUGAUUUGGUCCUGGCUGAGCAAUCUGCCCUGUACUUCUAUUUAUAUCUCACAGGGAUGCUCCAGAUGGAUUUGGCAGAGGAGCAGCAGGUCAUUGUCUGUGCAGUGUAGCCUUUCUGUGGAAAGUAGGCUUGAUUUUCAGAUAUUUAUAGUUCGUUGGUGUAUUGUUGAUGGGAGCAGCCACUCUGUUUUUCCCUAGAGCAACAUAAAUAUUUCAGACUUCCUUUUUCCACUGAAACUUUAAUUUCUCACUAAAACGCUGUUUUCCCACCACAAAGAAAGCAAGAGGCAGCUCAGCCUGCUUUAUUUUCACCUCUGUCUCUCGUGUCUCCAAAACUUCACCAGAAGUUUGUUCCAAGCUGUCAAAUGUGGAUUUUAGCUCUAUAAUAAAUAGAGUAUUGAAUGACUCCAUAAUAAAAGGCUUCAGAGUAAUUAUUAUCCACUCUCUGCAUUCCCUGAAGACAGGAAAGGGGGGAGCAAGAGCCUGGCUCUGCUCCUGUGCUCUGGGAGUGCCUGGUGCAGGUGCAGCCCUGCUGUUUCUCUGAUGGCUCACUACAGGAUUGAUGCUGCAGGCUCAUUCUCCUUUCUCGUGUGUUGGAGAUCCAUCUCUGAAUUCCUCCUGCUCUCUGCUCUGCAAAAUGUCUCAGCAGGGCUCCAUGGUUUCCCCUGGAACCCGUGAGAGGGGAUGUGUGAGAGCAGGGCUGGAGCUUCACUGUAGGCAGCAGAUGCUGCAGUGUGUGAUUCCCUUAUUCUGCCAGUACAGCCCCCAGCAGUGGAGGGAGCAAGGCAGAGGUGUCUUUGUCUUGGUGUCCCUUCUGGAGCUGUCACAGGCUUUGCACAGAGCCCUGGGGAGCCAUCCUGGGGAACAGCAUCAGCUGUAUCUCACAAGUCUUUGUGUUGGUAGUGCUAAAAAAUGGGGUUGCAAAGCCCUUGGAGCAAAAAAAUAAAGUAUUUACUCUGUUGCCCCAAACCAGCUGGUACACACUGGUGCAGCAAGUCCUAAAUCCUGUCAGAAGAGAGCCAAACCACGUGUCCUUGCCCCUGGGACAGCAGGGCCCUGAGCAGCACAUCCCAGUGUGCUCCCGAGGACUUGGUAUGGACAUAUUGACAGCUUUGGCCUUGUAGAGAGCAAUCCGUGCUCUGGAUCCCUGUAAACUGGCCUCCUCCCCACCAGUGCUCAAGGGAGGAGCUGCCCCUGCACGCUGCUGAUCUCAUUAAAACUUAACUUACACAUCCACAGCCAAAAAAUAAAGGAAUAAAGCAAACAAAGUCUGAAGUGCGUCAUUAAUACAGAGCUGCCCCAGCUAUUUGGAAAUCACACUUUGAAAUACUGAUAUUGAGUCCCUCAGGAUUUGAACCAACUUUGCUAUUUUGUUUUUUUAGUCAUUAAUCAGUGGCUAUAGCUACAUAGUUAUCAUUAAACAAUUGCACUGUGAA